AUAUUCUUUAAACAUUUGAAUUGUGGUUAAUUGCUUCGGUAUCGCAAAAUCUAAAUCAUGAUGAACAUGAUGACAGGCUACGGUUGUGGCUACGGGCGCGGUGAUGCGAUAUCACCAGCUUCGGAUCUGUCCUCAUGCAGCAGUGCGUCGUCAGGAACGUGGUGCGCUCCGCCUGCGUGGCGUGAGCUGCCCGCCUAUCCGCCGCAGUACCCCGCGUACUGGCCGCCGACUCCUGCAGCCACCGAGGAAGCUCGGGAACUUCAGCGACGAUGUGCUAAGUGCCGCUGCCCCAACUGCCUCACAGAAGCCGCCGGCUUUGGCCCCAACUACGGCAAGGACGGCGCUAAACGUGAACAUGUGUGCCAUGUACCUGGCUGUGGAAAAGUUUAUGGGAAAACAUCACAUUUGAAAGCUCAUCUCCGUUGGCACACUGGUGAACGUCCAUUCGUGUGUAACUGGCUGUUCUGUGGCAAGAGGUUCACGCGCUCCGAUGAGCUGCAGCGACACUUACGAACGCACACCGGCGAGAAGAGAUUCGCGUGCCAACUGUGUACCAAAAGAUUCAUGCGCUCCGACCAUCUUGCGAAACAUGUGAAAACCCACGCUAACGUAACGAGAAAAAACAAAAAAGCUAAAGAAGAUGAGAAGUCUGAUACGGCCAGUGCUUCGAGUGAUAAACCUGAGGUGGUAGAGGCACAGCCGGCGCCCGCCCCGGCAGUCGGCAGUUCUAAUUACGGUACGGUGCCAGUUGCGAGUGCUUCGAAGCAAAUGUCUUUGAACUACGGGGCUGUUGCUCCUAGUAUGGUGCCUCCUGCGCCUACGUACGGCAGUGGUGGAGUGUACGGUGGGAGCAUGAUGACGGGCUGGUACCCGGAGGUGCGGCAAGAAGCACUGUACCCGCGGCCGCCGGUCCGGGACCACAGGAUCUACCAGCAGUACCCGGCUCCCAUCACCACCUACCAGUGCGCUACGAAAGACAACUACGCGAUGUUUCAGGGACAUUAUAACCUACAACCCCCAGUGGCUUUAGGACAAUAGUGAUGUGACUAGUAAAUAAGAUUGAUAAAGACUUUUUUGACCGUUUCGAUAAUCUCAUGU